UAUUUAUCGGGAUUGCCCGACUAGUUUUAGACCAAACAGAAAUAUUUAAUCAUGAGGUGACGCAGCGGCGUUUGACUUCCGACCCCAGCGGCUCAGCUCAUGAUUAAUGACUUUAUAAAAUUCUUAUAAAGGAUCCAAUACUUAACGUAAGAAAAUCAAGGAUGACGUCGCGAGACAAGUAAGCCAGUGACAAGAAAUAGCUAACGACCAUCAGAUUUUAGUUCCCAAUGACAAAAACGGGCAGAACCUAAUUAAAACUUAAAUUACUGCGAUGCACAAAAACAUUUAAUGAUAAUUUUAUAUAAAAUUUAAAAAUAACACAUGAGGCCUUUGUCUGGGCCCGUUACAGGUCGAUGUUGUUAUUCAAAUCAUUUCUAAAAUGUCAAUGACCAAAAUAAAAGAUUUCCAAAAUACAAUGACUUUGAUUUAUGUUAAUGAUUUCAAUUAUUUAUACUGAUGUAUCGAUAAUGUUAAUUAAUUUCAUACUUACUGAACCAAAAAAUCUUAUGGGGAUAAUACCCUCAGGUAUAUAAUCUGUCAAUUCAUGUUUUGUUUUCGUCAUGGACACUAAGCAAUAGUUUUAUUUGGUUAUGCUCACUGCCAGUCAUUUGAACUAAAGCCCCAAAAAAGAAUAAAACAACGACUGUUCGAAUACUAUGAAAAACAUAACCAACUUGUUCUUUAGUAUUCAUUUAAUUUAACAAACAAUAGAAGCGUAAAUAAUCAAAAUGUAAAUAUAUUUAAGUCCCUCGGUGAAUCAAUUGUCUUAUUAAAUUCAACUAUUUUCGUAUUAGUCGUAUGAUAGUGUUCAUUCUGAGAGGUCCAUGAGAUAAUGAUAAUGCCUGUGGUGUAGUUGGAACUGAAGAUAUAUUAAGUUCUUAUCUUAAAGCUACCGAGGUAGAAAAAGUUAAAGAAACUGCUUUGAAAGCAGCUAGUCAUUCAAACGUAGAAGGCGUAGCAGUGACUUUAAGUGAAAAUGGCGAUGAUACUUAGGAAGAUGUGGGAUGCAUACCAGUUUUUAUUUGAGGAGAUUUCUGAUCCGAGAUCAAAGGAAUGGUUUCUCGCUGCUAAGCCGUACCAAAUCGUAACAUUGCUCGGGCUUUACCAUAUGUUCGUGUUAAAAUGGGGACCUCAGUUCAUGAAGAAUCGUAAACCAUUUAAUCUAGACAUAAUUAUGGUUGCAUACAAUGCAAUUCAAGUAGUGGUUUGCGUGCUGAUAUUUAUAAAAGCACUUUACCUUGGAUGGGGAUGGGACUACAAAUGGUUUUGCGAACCCAUAGAUUACUCUUUUACACCAAAAGCAAUAGAAGUUUCAAGAUUGACUUAUUAUUACUUUCUUCUUAAAGUUGUGGAUCUUCUAGAUACGAUUUUCUUCGUGUUGAGAAAGAAGUUCAACCAAGUAUCCUUCCUUCACGUCUACCACCACACUGGAAUGGUUCUAUUGACAUGGGGUUCAACAACUUACUUGCCAGGUGGCCACGGGUCGAUGGUUGGUGUUAUCAACUCAUUUGUACAUGUUUUCAUGUACAGUUACUACUUACUGACAGUAAUAGUACCGAGCAUCAAAAAAGCUAUUUGGAUCAAGAAAUUCGUUACGCAGUUGCAAAUCAUACAAUUCUUCUUGCUGGUAGCUCACAUGUCAGUAAUUGUUUUUAAAACUGACUGUGAGUAUCCGCGAUGGACCAGCGCGCUCUUCUUACCACAAAACUUAUUCAUGCUGGUACUCUUCGUCGACUUUUACAUCAAAACGUACGUCAAAAAUCCAAAACCCCAACAAGACAAAGUCGAUGCUGGCAAUAAAACCGAGACUAAUAAUAAUAACAACGAAACAAUUCAAGGUUUUAAUCAAGAUAAUGCAUCAGACUAUUUAGAAAGUAAUAAUGGUAAUAUUGACUACAAUAUGGAAAGUACAACUUUUGCUAGUGUUAAAAGUAAAACGAAUGGUCAUAAACAGUUUAAAAACGAAUAAUAAUUAGUGACAGACAAAAUAAUUUAUAAUUAGUUAACGUAAAUGUAAUGAAUAAUAAAUAGUACGUACAUUGUAGUUGGUAUCACAAAAUAACAGUUCGGUGUAUUACAUGAAUUGAUUAAAGGCAAUGGAGAAAUAUAAUUAAAUUAAGCCUAAUGAAGCUUCCUAUUAGGUGUUAUUAAUAUUAUAAGAUGCAGUAUCUUUGAAUCAUAAUAUGGAAAUUAGUAAUCUAUUGUACGUACUUAUAUUGAUAUCAAUAAUUAAGCUACUUAUAUAAUUAAAUUAAGACUACAAUGAA